AUGGGCAUUGUAUUCAAUCUGAAGCCCCUGAAGGCGGAAAAGAGGGACCCUGUGGCGCUCCGUGAUAAUAGGACUUUCGGCGAUGACGAACUGCAUCACGGUGAAUGGCAUAAGGGUUACUGGGCUGAAGAGCAGGAGCCGGAAGAGGUGCUCGUGAUAGGACUGUUGGAUCGUGAGGAAGAGAGGUACGGCCGUAAGGCAUCUGGUGGAGAGUCGCUUGCGCCAGGAUGUCUGGGUAUCUGGGGAGAGCGUGGCCAUUAG